CUGUAUCGCCGUCUCUGCCUCUUUGUAGUUUUCUCAAUGGAUGGGCCGGAAGAUAAAAGAUAGCCUGUUGUGAAAGCAUGUCGUGAUGCAGAAGGAAUAUUUCAUGUGGGGUUGUUUAUUUCAGCUCUUUCUACUUACUUCAGUUCAUUAUUCGAGGAUGAAAGUUAAUUUCGGUCCCACACGGGUUUCAGUGCGAUUGUUCAGUUAUUAUUCGGGCGUCUCAGUGUUGCCACACACAAAGGCAAAUGCAGCACUAUUGUUUAAUAACCAGCUGACGGAUGGUCAUUGUUUUGGGGGUAAAAGAGUUAUUUAUUAAAUUUCACAAUACACCAUCAGGCGGACAGUUAACAAGUGGCCACUGCGUGCGUUUUAUUUGAGAAAAUAUUAUAAGCUUAAAUGUAUUUAUAGGCUAUGUUUUAUUAAUUAACAUGAUAGGCUCAGGUUCCGUGAAGCUAUUUUACAGGACCAAAAGAAAGCUAUCGUGUAUUCAAAUAGUGUUGUGACAUUUGAUUAUUCCCUUCCUGUGAAACGGCCAUGCAAAAUUUCCGCGGAGCUGAUACAGUGAGCGCCAUACUAGUAUACAUUAUUUAUAAAGUUGAGCAAUAGGCUGCGGCGAGCCGCUCCUUCAAUCUUCCUUACCAUUCUGUGCAGCAUCCCUAUAGUUAAAAGGGUCAAUGAGAAUGUGCUUAUGUAUUGCAAGCGCUUUUCUCUUGGCCAUGCAUCAUAUUCCUGGCAAGAUGGGGAAAUAAGACUGAAUUCUAAGGAAAUAGAAUCUCUACAGGUUCCAGAAACCUUUUGAUGAAGGACUCUUUUGGAACUCCCUGCCUUCAGUUCUAGCAAUGAAGUCGUGAGAAACCUUUUUUCACAAAGUGGAGGUUUUGUGUAAAGAUUCAAAUUAUUUAAGUCAUCAGGGCUGAAAGGGGGUUACAUUUGUUAAUGUCAGAAUGUUAUUUGGAUGUAAGAUGGGCUCUUCAUCAUCCCUUCUUUUUGAGAAUGCAAGUUACCUGGUACUGUCUCGACAAUGGAUUACAUGCACUGAGUAUCAGGCAAUGCACAACGAGGCCAGUCCUGAGCAGGCCCUGUCGGCUAGUGGAGGUUAAGGAACAGCCUGCAACCCGAGAAGAGGCUGCCCUCUGAGCCAUGGCCAGGCAGACAUCCUCGCCCUUCCGCUACGGCUUCGACCUCGGGGGCCACUUCCAGGACGUGCGGCCCCUGGGCACGGGUGCCUCGGGCCUGGUCCUGUCGGCCAUCGACCGGAGCACAGGCCAGCGGGUGGCCGUCAAGAAGCUGGUGAUGCAUGACGCGGUCAGCAUCAAGCACGCGCUCCGCGAGGUCAAGAUCACGCGUCGGCUCCAGCACGAGAACGUGGUGCGCGUGCACGAGGUGCUGGGGCCCUACGGCCAGCCGCUGCUGCCCGCCGCUGACCUGGCCCAGCUCUCGGCAAUGUACAUCGUCCAGGAGUGCAUGGAGACGGACCUGGCGUGCCUGCUGGAGCAAGGCCCGCUGUCCGCCGGCCACGCCACCCUGCUCUUCUACCAGCUCCUGCGUGGCCUCAAGUUCAUCCACUCAGCCAACGUGCUGCACCGCGACCUCAAGCCCGCCAACAUCUUCCUUAACACCGAGCAGCUGCUGCUGAAGAUCGGCGACUUCGGCCUGGCGCGCAUCGUGGACCCACACUACUCGCACAAGGGGUACCUGUCAGAGGGCAUGGUGACAAAGUGGUAUCGCUCUCCUCGCUUGCUGCUCUCCCCGAACAACUACACCAAGGCCAUAGACAUGUGGGCGGCUGGCUGCAUCCUGGCUGAGAUGCUCAGCGGCCGUAUGCUCUUUGCAGGGGCCCACGAGCUGGAGCAGAUGCAGCUGAUCCUGGAUACGGUGCCGGUGGUGCACGAUGAGGACCGGCAGGAGCUGCUGAAGGUCAUGCCCUCUUGCGUCAGCCGUGGCUGGAAGGUCAGGAGGUCGCUGCGGGAGCUUCUGCCGGAGGUGGACACAGAGGCCAUCUGCUUCCUAGAGCGCAUCCUGACCUUCAACCCGAUGGACAGGCUCACGGCCGAGGCGGCCCUGGCUCAGCCCUACCUACAGCAGUACUCAUGUCCGCAGGACGAGCCCACAUCCCUGCAGCCCUUCCGCAUUGAGGACGAGCUGGACGACAAGAUGGUCACCGAGCACAGCCCUGACACAUCCCUACACUGGCACAGGUCGGACACCAGCCUGUCGUCUGACACAUGCUGGCCGCAGCAGGAGAGGUGUGACUGCAUGCAGAGCGUCUCGGAGAUGGGCGACCCGGAUGAGGAGGAGGUGCAGCGGGACCCCAGGGCCAGCUCAGGCACGCUCCUUGGGGAGGCGCAGGUGGACCCGCGCAAGUACUCGCACAGCAGCUCGGCCGAGCGCUUCCUGGAAGGCUCACACUCCUCCCUGGAGCGUGCCUGCGGAGGCGGCACGGGCGUCUACGGCGAGCUGGACUGCGGCCGCUCGUGCGACUACAAAGUGGGCUCGCCGUCGUACCUGGACAAGAUCGCGUGGCGCGAGGGCAAGCCCCAGAACUACUCCGAGCCCAAGCUCAUCCUGGACCUGUCGCACUGGAGGCGCAACGGGCGGCCCAGCCCCCGGAGGAGGAGUAGUGCAGAGGAGGAGGAGGAGGAGGUGUCAGCGUUGGCCCCCGAGGAAGAGCAGCCGGGGGACCUGUUUCAGGAAAUUUCGCGCUGGGUGGAGAGCACGCAGUCUCGGCUGCACUCGCCCAGCCCGCCUCAGGAGACCCCCGUCACACCCAACUCACCCCCGCUGCCCCUCUCCCCCACGCUGCUGCCGCAGAGCGCCCUCGGACGCCACAGUGCCGCCACCAUGCUGCUGCGCGCCACCCCUGAGUUCAUGCAGGAGGAGGAGGAGGAGGAGGAGGAGGAGUACGACGAUGACGACGGCAGCAGGAGGAUCAGGCCCUGUCGCUUCACCUCCGCUCCCCCCUCACUGCUGCCAUCCUCUCCGUCGUCCCCCACGCCAGGCCCCUCGUUUGCCUACCCCCACAGGACCCAGAGGACAGGUGCUACGCCCCCUCCUCAGACGCCCCCUCCCGCCGAGAAGCUCCAGUCGCCGUUCGAUCUGGAUAUGUUCAUCUCGCGCGCGCUCAAACUGUGUGGCCAGAGCGACGGUCUGGGAGGCUCCGGUCCGGCCGCAGCCAAACGGCCCAACAUGAAUGUUGUUCCAGGGCUGGCGGACCACCGUCCGGCCUCGCCUGGGCGCAAAGAGCACUGGUCAAGCAUGGCCCAGUGAAAUGACUCUGAGGCUGGUGAUGUGUCUGGUCUCCUGUCUGCAGUAAGUAAUGGCUUCAUUGCUGAGAAAUGCCACUGCGAUGAAGCAACAACACUGCUUGAAUCAGUCCAAGAAAACUAGGAUAGGUGUUUUCAGAUCACACGCUGUUCCUUCCAGGCACGUAUGUGGCGCGUAAGCAGCAUGUGACUGAUAAUGUGCAUGAUAGGAAUGAUGAUUUGCAAAGUUCCACUUCAAGUUUUAACAGAGGGAAGAUCAUGUUGCCUUUAGGUGCUUCUGUGUUAUGCACAAGAUACAGUACAAAGCUGAUUUUUCUCCAAACAUCAUUUCUAAGAAACAGUAACAAAGCAGUAUGACAUCUUAUGGAGAGUAGACAAAUGUAUUCUGACUACUCAAAAAGAGGAUGCAAACUGGUAUUGGUAACACUAAAUUCUGAAUGCAUUUAACUUUAUUUACUGGACAGUAGGAUUGUAGCAUUUGAACUCAUCUCAACCCAAGAGAACUGCUUGGCUAUCUGAUGCUGUUAAUAUCACUGUAAUGUUACACUGUUAACAUUAUUGCUGAGCUUCCCACACUGAUACUGUGUAAAUUUGUACAUUUACUUUAGAAGUUGUGUUCCAGCUAUAUUGAAACAUUCCUUAUCUGAUGUUUGUUAGUGUUUGGCAGUGGUCUAUAAUAUGGUUUUACCGUUAUACCAUUUUAAGAGUGUUUUGUUGGAGCUUUCACCUCUAGCCCUGAAGCAAUAUUUACAAUCUUUCUUAGAAGGCCACAGCGUAUUUUAUUGCAAAUAAAAACCCAAACGCCGAAAUGCUGCAGCCAUCUCAAAAGAUGAACAGUACAAGAACAAUCUGCAUAGACAUGCAUUGAUAAUGCACUCUCAUACCAUAACUCAUGUCACAUGAUCCAGAAGAUGAAUUGGUUUAAUCACACUAAAGGUUCUUUAAGUCUGAAAAUAAGUUUUAAACUUUCUAGAUAAACAGCUGAAGAUUUUUGAAUCCAUGCAAGGUAAUGAGAAAAUGACAUAUAGGACUACAUCAGGUUUCUGAAGAGCACAGUCUACAAGCACUGCCAGAUCAGUACAAUGGAUCUCCAAGGUAGAAUACUCUGUAAUAGAGUAAUUGAGUCAUGUCAUUGCUCAUUUAUGCCACUCAGCAAUAAUAUAAUAAUAUGAAUUAUAGUAAUAUUAUCAUAAUUAUCAUAAUAAUUCUAACAUGAUUGCUUUGAUUGAUUUUUUUUUUUUCCAGAAAUAAACUGACGUGCCUUUGUGUUUUCCUGUGCUUCCAGCACAAUUUUUUUCUCAUUUUUUGCAUGGUACGUGGAAUAUUGCUUUAGAUCUGAUCAACUCUUCAUGACAUGUGUGACAUAUUUGCUGUUGGUACUGAUAUGUAAUCUUACGAGUUCUACCAUAUUUUGUCCUUUGGAUGUAACAUCUUUUGUGGACGUCACAUGACGUUUUACUCUGUGCAGUUUCUACUUUUGCUGACAAGUGAAAAUUAAAAUUUGCUGAUAUAUUUUGUUGGAAAGUGUUUGUUCAAUAAACGCUGACAUCAGUA